UUGUUCCCACCCACCAAACUUCGUCUAUCACAGUUGAAUCCAAAUCCCCUCUCUAACUCUAAUUAAUGUUAUUUCCCUUCCAUAUCAACCAUCUAACUCCCAACCAUCUACUCAGCCACACUCUUUGAAUGCUCGCUAACACUUUCCUUUCCUUUCCUUUUCCUUUAUAUAUACAUCCACACAAACUCACCAAUCAAACCACCAUUAACGAUUAUCGCACAGCUUUUUGAAGUUUUCAAUUUAAGCUCAAAGUUUGGCAUAAUGGCACCAGCAGCUUCUUCUUUCCAUCAAACAUCGAACACAGUCUGUGUCAUGGACGCCUCCGGCCACCUGGGCUCCACCCUGGUCCAGCGGCUUCUCCAAAGAGGCUACAACGUCCACGCUGCUGUUCAAAACCAUGAUGAUUUGAAACUGAAUAAACUUUGUGGCGAUGAUAACAAGAACCUGAAGAUUUUUAAGGCAGACCCGUUUGAUUAUCACAGUAUGGUUGAAGCUUUUAGAGGCUGUUGUGGUUUGUUUUACACGUUUGAGCCUCCCCAAGACCAAGCCACAUAUGAUGAAUUUAAUGUUGAAGAGGAAGUAAGAGCGGCUCACAAUGUGCUAGAAGCAUGCGCACAGACAGAGACAAUCGGCAAAAUUGUAUUCACAUCUUCAGCAACUGGUAUUUUCUGGAGAGACGACCACAAUUCAACCACAUCAGAUUUCGAUGAAAGACACUGGAGUGAUGUCAACUUUUGUCGCAAAUACAAGCUGUGGCAUGCCCAGGCAAAGACGCUGGCGGAGAAGACGGCGUGGGCGCUGGCGAUGGACAGGGGGUUGAACAUGGUGACUAUCAAUGGAGGAUUGCUGAUGAGUCCUGAUUUGUCCAUAAAGAAUCCGUAUUUGAAAGGAGCAGCCCAGAUGUACGAAGAUGGAGUCUUCGUGACAGUGCAUAUAAAUUUCUUGGUCGACUCUCACAUUUGUGUUUUCGAAGAUGCUUCAUCAUAUGGCCGAUAUUUAUGCUUCAACAAUGUUAUUAAUCAGCCUGAAGAUGCCUUCAAACUCGCUUCCAUCUUAACACCUUCUACACCUUCAUUGCCUCCGAGCUGCUACAAGCAGGAUUCGAGGAUCAUUCGACCAAGGUUAAGUUGCAAGAAAUUGAACAGGUUAAUGGCAGAGCACGAGAGCCGAUCUCAGAGAUAAUGAACCGAAAUGCAUGUAUAUGCAAUGCAUACCGAUCAUUACCGACUGUACCAUUCUUCCUUAACCUAAUGCAAAAGCAAAUGACUGAUUAAUUUCUAAGCCCACAAAUGAAAGUUCAUAGAUGGAUUAUAUUAAAUUUUGGUAAUAAAAAGAGUUUGAUAAA